AUGCAUGAGUUGAUGGACUUUGGCGAUACGCCAUCAAACGAGUCACCCAACGAUUCUGAGCCAAAGCACGAGGCCGUAUCUGAGCAGGAUGUGGAAUCUUUAGUCACCACCUUCAUCCAGGCUCAUGAGCACCCUACCACCCGCUCCUCGAAAUCGCCAGCAUCAGCGACGAAGCUGCCUUGUCCCGUGGUCAUUCCUCAACGGCGACCCGGGAACAAGCAACGUGGCUUCGUCGAGGCGUAUGCACCAGCGCUGGGACAGUAUGGUAUCGAGCAAGAUGCCUUCCUCGAAUUCAUCCGCGCCAUGAACAAGGCCAUCCAACAGAACGCAUGGCUUGCAGCGAUUCAAUUAGCCGCUGUGGGAGCUUCGUUUGUUCCGAGUGGCAUUGCUGCGGGAGUCUCUUUGACCGUCCAGUUUGUCGCGGGUACCAUUGCGCAGGCCGAGGCCAAGUGGAGGACCAAUUCAUUCUUGGACCGGAUGAACAAUGAAUUCUUCCGUCCCCGGGGAUUAUUCUGCCUGCUCAUGUCCUACAAUCCAAUCGCAAUGGGGACGAAAGGUGUACGCGAUGCCGAUGUCAUUUCCAACGCCCUCUCAUCCUCGUCGCUCACGUCCAGGCAGACGUUAACUGCCCGAGCAAAGAAGAACCUUCGAAACCCAGUUGCCGCUACAGCGGAGGGGGAAGACAGUCUGCCCCCCACCACGGCCCGGCUGGUCUAUCCAGAGACCUCUGCGACAGAAACGCGUCGUUCGCCGGGAGAGCCGAAGCAAAAACUUGGUGAUCGGGUGAAUAGGUACUUUGACAAACGAGCCCAGGCGCGAUACGCAAAAGAAAGCAAUGGAGACAUCCUCUCGAGCCGCGAGCCGGUCCGGUUCAAGAAUAAGUACCUGGACCCGAAUUCUAGCACCAGUAACGGUGGCUCUUAG